AUGGAUAAACUAAGCAAUGAUAAGUAUGUUGUAUUGCUAAGAAGAGAACCAUUUCAAGAGUUAUUGCUGAUUCCACGUCUAAUGAUGAUGAAAGUGUUAACUACAGACAUUAUAAUAACGAAGCUUUGGUACAAGAAAAGGGAUUUUGAAAAGACUUCAAUUAACUAUGGAUCAUGGGAAACUGGACAAUCACAGAAUAAAUAUGCACAAGAAUGUCAUACGCAUGUUCAUUUGUAUUUUACUCCAGAGGCUUGGAAUGGAGUGAAGGAAAAAAUAAAAGAAAGGAAAAAAAAAGAAGAAAAAGAGAAAAUAGAAGAAAAGGAAAAAAUAGAAGAAAAGUUGGAUAUUUUAUUGAAAUUUGAUGCUAGGGAUCACCUUGGACCAAAUUAUUUACUUCAGGAUUGUGACGAGUUGGAAGAGAAAAGGUUACGACCAGCAGAACAUCUGCUUUAUGCUGAAAGCGAAGCAAUAAAAGGUAUAGGAAAAUCAGGUGAAUCCAAGGAAAGUUCCGAUAGUAAUAUUAUUGGUAAAUAG